CAGAAGUGGCCGGACUGCGACCGUUUGGAGUUUGCCCAGUCGUAUGGACCACAAAAUGGGAUAAGGACUAUCAAUACCAGGCGUUAUGACAGAAGGAAUGGGCUGACCCGUGAGAGUUUUAUUCCUGCAAUCCAGAGACCGUAAACAAUGCAAUAAAACCAUUAGUGACGCAAGAAGAGGUGAAGAUUUGUUGGAUAUCAGCUUGUGCCAGUGGAGGUUAUGAUUCUGUUUUGAUGAUUCAUGAUUACUCAGUUGAUCAGAUUUCUCUGGAAUAAACCUGUAUUGUUAUCCAGGUUAACAUUGGAAGUUCUCAAAAGAGGAGGAAUGGAGACGUGACGAUAUGGACUCAACAAUCAGAAGCUAUUCCUGAUUAGCAAACUAGUCAUUUAUUAUUCCACAAGUUUGCGUGUGUUUGCAUUGGCUUUACAUGAGCUUGUUUAUCAGGGUGUGUCUUUAUAGAUGUGUCCAGGUAGGUUCAAAUGGCUUUGUGGGGUUUAAAAGCAGGUGUGCGUUAGUCGGCCCUCCCUCAUCCUCCCUCAGAAUGGGAGAUGAGAGCAGCCAUCUCAUUUGCUGAUCAGAUCACGGACAGAUUAUCAGCCUAAAUGAGCAUUAGAAGAAGUCGAGCUCUGGGGUGUCUGAAAAACAUGUUCUGAACAUGUAGCACGUGUGAAUAAGGCGAAGAACUGGUGGGAAAAGAAGCAAGAAGGCAACUAUUGUUGGUGGACUUUAUUCCAAACUUUUUGGUUGCUUUUUGGACUUCAGUUUGACAGAAUCUCACCAUUACACAGGGCAGUGCAGUAGAGCUGAUAUCACGACUGUAACUUCAACCAGAAGAUAGUGUUCUCUGCUUGCACUGACCCUGAAACGGGAUCUGCUGGAAUGACUUUUAAGGAAUACUGCAUCUCUUUCUCUGACUGAAUGUGUUGUUUGACUUAUUUGUGACUCUCUUAGUCAGCGCCACCAUGUAUGUGCUGUGCACACUGGUGUUGCUGUCUCUCCACAACCUGUUUAAGAGACCCAAGGUCCAGGAACCCUCUGAACCCAAGGCUAUUGAGGGUCCCGAGCAGCAAAGACCAGAUGUAGCCAAACUGGGACGCAAGAAGAGGAACAAGCACCACUUGCGUGAAGGUUCUGGACCACUAGAGACCUCAAGAGUGUCUAGACAGCAUGACUUUGAAAGAUGCUUGGAUGGACCCAGCAGAGCAAGUAAAAGAAGAUCCGUUCACCUGGAUAAUGUGCAUGAGAGGAGGAAGAGAGCACAGCCGGUCCAGCGGUGUGGUCUACUCGGCCCUGCGGUCAUGUACGGCACACGAAAGACCUGGGACGUUGGCCACACCCCCUGCCUGCAGGAGCUCUGGAACAAAGACCUCUCAUUGGAUGUUUCAGCAAGUUCCCUGGAUAUCCUGAUGAGUGAUGGUGAGGAGGAGAGCUCCUUCCUCUCGUUGCCCAACUCUGUCCUUCAGCGCCACUGUUUGACCUCUGACCUCUCUGAAACGGCCACCUCAGAACAGCAGCAGCUGCUCAUACAGAAGGUUACUUUGUCCUGUUCCUGGACGUCUGCCUACACACUGCAAGAGAGAGUUUGUGAGUUCCAGGCACGUUUGCGCAGCGAAGACGCCGCAAAAAGACACCUGCUACAGCGACUGCAGACACACGACCACCAGCUCAACCAAGACAACCACCAGAACGAGGAACAGUUGUCCAUUAAUCAAGAACCUCAAGAGCAGCUCAGACUGCAGGACGGCCAGCUCAUCCAAGCUGUGUCACCUACAGGUGUGAGGAGCUCUAGUGUUUUGAGACAGAGGCCUGUGGAUUUUCCCAGUGUUGUACAAGUGAGUAAAGUUCACUCACAGGAGCAACUGCAAAAAGACGAGGGAGAAAAACUCGCUCUCAUUACAGGGCUGCACACACAGGUCAAGGAGCUGGAGGAGAAACUAGUGGAUCAGACGCAGGAGGUGGAGAGACUGCGCUCUGAGCUGGGGGCGACAGAUCUGGAGAAACAGCUCGAGGUGCUGGAGAGUGAGAACCAGCGGCUCAAACAAGAGCUGAGGGCCAGUCAGACCCAGACCACCUGCUCUACUGGCCACUGCCCACACAGCCAAGAUGUGGAGGCCCUGCGCGGAGAGCUGUGUCAUAAAGACGAGGAGUGCCGCGAGCGGGAGCGGCGACUGGCUGCGCUGGAGCAGCAUGUGCAGGAGAGGACGGGUGUAGUAGUUCAGCUGCAGCAGCAGCUGGAGGAGGCGGCGCAGCGCAGACAGGAGCUCCAGCAGCAGCUGGAAGAGGCGUCACGUCUCAGGAGCCAGAGUGAGGAGCAGCUGACCUCACGGCUUCGUGAUGCUGAGGAGGCUCUGUCUCGCCAGGCUGCUCUGACACCACAGGUCAAGUAUGUGACCAAGACGGUUGAAGUGGAGUCGGCCCAGUGUAAGCAGGCUUUAAUGGAGGCUCAGGGCCGUAAUCAGGCGCUGCAGGAGCAGCUGAGUGUUCAGAGGCAGCUCCUCAGAGAGCUGGAGCAGCAGCUGCACGAGUCCCAGAGAACCAGCAGUCAGCUCCGCCAGCAGCUGAGGACGGACCACGGCCGUCUGUAUGGCCUGCUCUUCAAGGCGGUGGGUGGGGGUAACACGGAGGUCACCCACAGGCUCUCCAAGAUCCUGGUGUAUGAGAGUGAGAUGGAGAGAGCUCAGGGUCAGCUGGAGGCAGAGAUGCAGAGUCUGGAGGAGGAGAAGAACAGAGUGAUCGAGGAAGCUUUCAUCAGAGCAGAGAGCGAGAUGAAGGCCGUCCACGAGAACCUAGCAGGUGUGCGGAUGAACCUCCUGACACUGCAGCCGGCCCUGAGAACCCUCACCUGUGAUUACAACUGUCUGAAGAGACAGGUGCAGGACUUCCCUUACAUGCUGGAGAAAGCCAUCACUGAGGCGAAGCAGGAGAUCUGUCAGGUGAUUGGAGAGGUGAGCAGUGCAAACCAAGAGCUGCUGCGCAAAUACAAGCGGGAGAUGAACCUGAGGAAGAAAUGCCACAAUGAACUGGUGCGCCUCAAAGGAAACAUUCGUGUGUUGUGCCGAGUACGUCCCGUAUGUGCUGGAGAAACAGAUGCUGCUGACACCAAAAACAUAGUGACCUUUGAUCCUGAUGAUGAUGCUGUUCUCUACUUGUCUAAUAAGGGCAAGCUCAUGACCUUUGAACUUGACAAAGUCUUUCCCACUCAGGCCACUCAGGAGGAGGUGUUCCAGGAAGUGCAGUCUCUGGUCACUUCCUGUAUUGAUGGCUUUAACGUAUGCAUCUUUGCCUAUGGGCAGACUGGCUCUGGAAAGACCUAUACUAUGGAGGGUGUCCCUGAAGACCCUGGCAUUAACCAGCGUGCACUGCGGCUGCUCUUCUCUGAAGUGUCGGAGAAAAAGCCUGACUGGGACUACAAGAUCACCGUCAGCAUGGUGGAAAUCUACAAUGAGACCCUUCGGAACCUGUUGGGCGACAAUCCCAAUGAGAAGCUGGAUAUAAAGAUGUGUCCAGACGGCAGUGGACAGCUGUACGUGCCAGGACUCACAGAGUUCACCGUGGAGAGCGUGGAGGACAUUAACAAGGUGUUUGACCUGGGUCACAUGAACAGGGCGACAGCGUGCACUAAUCUAAACGAGCACAGCUCUCGCUCUCAUGCCCUCCUUAUUGUCACAGUGGCGGGUUUCAACUCUUCCACGGGCCACCGCACCUCAGGUAAGCUCAAUCUGGUGGAUCUGGCUGGUUCCGAGCGGAUUGCCAAAUCUGGCGCCGAGGGCAGCCGUCUGCGCGAGGCUCAGUGUAUCAACAAAUCACUGUCUGCGCUGGGUGACGUCAUCAAUGCCCUGCGCUCCAAACACUCGCACGUGCCCUUCAGGAACUCCCGCCUCACGUACCUGCUGCAGGACUCGCUCAGCAGAGACAGCAAGACCCUCAUGAUGGUGCAGGUGUCUCCUCUAGAGAGUAACGUCAGUGAGUCGGUUUGCUCUCUGAAGUUCGCUCAGCGUGUUCGGACUGUUGAGAUCGGGCCCUCGUCUUCCUCACGCCGCCAUGCGGAGAACUCCUCAACAUCCUCCUCUCCAACUCAUGACAGCGUGGAGCUGGACUCUCCUCCCGUGACCCCUGUGCCGCUCCCCAUCUCAAGGGCCAGCAGCGCAGGUUCAACCCUCUCCUCCAACUCUAAAACCCCCACAACCCGGCGGAGGUCCCACAGUCAGCUGUCCACAGAUAGACAGGUAGACAGAAGCAGCCCAUUGGUUGGGGACGGUGGGCAGGUAGGUGGGGUUUUAUGUGGUUGGUCGCUUGGCAUGAACCGCUCAGCAUGGCAUGGUGCCCCACGUGUCACCUCGUCAACGCCCACCCAUCUAACACAGCGCCUUUAACCCCAGGAAGCUGUGCGUGUGUGCGCGCGUGUGUG